AUGGCUGCAAAAAAUACUGAUCGGAAAGGGAAAAACAAAGAUCAAAAGUCUACAACGUAUGAAAUGGUAGAUGCUUUGGCGACUUUUAAAUUGCCUGAUAGUUUACCGUGUUCCGAAAUCGAUUUUCCAGUUUUCGUCAAGAAAAAAAAGAAAGCAAAAUGGUCAGAGAUUGUAGAAGAAAGUAACGAGAGAAUGCAGAAAAUACAAAAAUACGUCGAAAGCAAGAAUGAGGACAUGCCAAAGUCACCUUUUCUCAAAACCGAAUGCGAGUACAUUAACUCGGAAGUAUUUAUAAUCCUACUACCCGCACUUGAAGAAACUUUAAGAAAAGCAAAAAUUUGGGAGGCACUCGUCAGACAGAAGUGUUUUUUCAACGGGAUAGAUCAUAUUGCACAAGUGUUGUGGAACAAUAAUCCACGUUAUCCAGGGCGCAAAUUCCAAAGUCCGCAUAUAUUUAAUAUGCCUUGGGCACGAGAACACCUCAAGAACAAUCCUCGUCCUUACUACCCUAAAUCGUGGUUAUGGCCCGAAGAAUACGCUGCAACCCUAAUCCAGAAGACAGUGCGCCAGUACUUUGUGCAGCGACAGGAUGACGUACAAGAAAUGCGUGAUUUUUGGAGGAAACUUAAAUUAGAACAAAGUAUUCCAGAAUUGGAUACAAAUCCAUUUUUAUCCAGGAGGUUUGCAUCUACUUCGAAUUUCCAGAAGAACUAGGUGAUUAUUUUGAGACUUUAAAUUAGUAAAUCAUGAUUUAAUCUCUAACAGUGUUUUAUUUCUAUCUGAAUAAUAUUAAUUCAACAACAUUAGUUAAUUU